AUGUCUUGGCAAGCAUAUGUUGACUCCAGCCUUGUCGGCACUGGCCACCUGGACCAGGGCGCUAUUAUCAGCGCCGCUGGCGACAGCGUCUGGGCCAUAUCGAGCGGUUUCACUAUCAAGCCUGAUGAGCAGAAGAACCUCGCCUCCCUCGUGAGCGGUUCCGAAGACUCAAAGAACAAGGCUUUUUCCGAGGGUGUGCACGUUGCCGGUGAGCGUUACGUUGCCACCAGGGUUGAGGACCGAAGUGCCUACCUUCGCCAGGGUCGCACUGGUGUCGUCGUAGUCAAGACAAAGCAAGCUAUCCUGGUCGGACACUAUGGAGAGAGUGUCAUAGCCGGAAACGCAGCACAAACCGUCGAGGCACUGGCAGACUACCUGAUCAAGUCUGGAUACUAA